UAUUUUCAAGGCAAACGCACUAGCUAUGUACUGUAUUAUCGCUUUCUACGGUUUCGGUAUUUGUUUUGUUUUUGCUCUUUUUAUCGAAACCAGUGUGCUGCGGGGAUAUGACAGUUUCGCUCAAUAGAAAUGCACGGAUUCUUAUUGUUUUAUAGCCUCUUUAUAUACAGUACACUUAAUUUACGUUUGGCUAUGUCAACUCUUAGUACUGUGUCCUGCGAGUAAAAAGUAGUCCCCCCUCAAGGGCUGUGAAAACAAACGAGCUUCACAUCUCAUUUGUAAUGCGGAGUUCACGUGCGGAUGCAUGGAAAAAAAUUGGCGUACUUUCGAAGGGGAGAUACGACAAGGAAAAGGGGCCACGGAGGUUGAUGCGAAAGGGCUUAGCGCUCAUCCUGGUGGGCCACAUUAACUUCAUCCUUGGCGCAAUCGUCCACGGCAGCGUCCUGCGACACAUAUCCAAACCCAGCCAGCAAAUCACCACAGAAUACACAGUGGUCAACAUCAUUUCGGUCACCUCGGGACUGCUGAGCAUCGCCACCGGGAUCAUCGCCAUUGUGGUGUCGAAGAACCUUCGCAUAUUUAAGCUGCACAUUGGACUUCUGCUGGCCUCGCUGCUGAACGCCCUGCUCUCAGCGGCGUGCUGCGUGGGCCUCCUGUCGGCCAUCGGCGUGACGGUGGCUCACAACGGUCAGGGCCUGAUGCGAGGAUGUAACGACACAGUGGUCCCCGCCAACGCUCGCUCUCCUGUCAGCGCUCAAUGUCCGUUCGACACCACCCGCAUUUAUGACACCACCCUGGCAAUAUGGUUCCCCAGCGCUGCGUUGGCCGCUGCAGAGUGCGGCCUGUCUGUAUGGUGCUUCAUCGUCGGACUGACUCUCCGGGGCCUGCUGGCCUGUGGAAAGACUUACUACAAAGAACAGAUGGAGGAAAAGCCACACAGCGUACGGCUGAUUGACCAAAACGUCAACCCUGAUGCUUGAUGCGACAAAAUGCUGGAAGUACAACACUCCAUUUUUUUCCCAUCCUUAAAUCUUAAAGAUCGAGUUUUGAUAUGAGUGUGCUGAUGCAUUUCAUUGAACCCGACCAAGACCAAAUGCAUUCGUUAAAUGCAAGUUUUUGAUCCAUCCGGUAGUAUUCAAGUAGUCACGCUAGGACUGUUUUUGCUUUCUGGUGAGUUAGCUUUGACUAGUCAAUAACAUUUCAUGCUGAAAAGGCUGUUCGAUAUGAAGAAGGUUUUUGUACAUUUUGAAGUUUAAGUAUUUUCUUUUGUGGCUUGUUUGUUUUAUUACAUUGAGCAAAGCAGGAGAACUUUGUUUUUAGUAUUUCCUGUGUACAGUACAUUCUGAUCCAGCCCUUUGCAUUUUGAGUGAAAGCAUGAAAAAAAAAUCUUAUCUUGAAGAUUGUAAACCAGCCACAUGACUGGAGCAUAUUUCUUUUGCAAAACAGUAUGGAAUGUUUUAUUACUUUCCUGAUUACUUUAUGGAACGAAUUGACAAAAUAUUUGUCUUUAAAAUACCUUGGACCCAUUAAAAUCGACUGAUUUGA